GCACACGCACCCCUAAUCCGCCGUCCCCGUCCGCACCUUCCAACCCUCCCCCGCGCCCGCCAUGGCCGCCGCCACCUCCUGCGGCGGCGCAGGCUGCGGGCCCCACUGCUCCUCCUCCUCCUCUGCGGGCGCCGAGGACGAUGCUCCGUCGGAGAGGAUGGGCCAGCUUUCCUUCUCCUCCGCCGCCGCAGCUACGUGUGGCAAGUGCGACAGCGGCGGCGCGGCCGCCGCGGUGGCCGGCGGCGUCGGCAUGUGCGGGGGAUGCUUUCGGGCACACCUGUUCGGGAAGUUCAAGCUCGCCGUCACGAGCAACGCCAUGGUGCGCCCCACCGACGCCGUCCUCCUCGCUUUCUCCGGCGGCCCCGCUUCCAGGGUGGCCCUGCAAUUCAUACACGAGAUGCAGUCCAAGGCGAUCCAGAGCUGGGAGACCAGCAACUCGCAGGCGCUGCCAGCCUUCGGCCUGGGGGUGGCAUUUGUGGACGAGAGCAGCGUUUUAUCGCUGAAGCCGCAAUGGGAAAUUGAGACUGCGAUAGAAGAUAUCAGGGCGAUCGUGUCGAGUUUGUCGCUGGGCGAUAAGGCAGUGCAUAUUGCCCCUCUUGAGGAUGUGUUCUCUUCCGGAUCGGAGGAUGGGGAGGGCAGGUUAAGGGAGGUGGUCGGCAUGAUCGAUGAUGAGACAGGGAGGGACGAUUUUCUUCGGUGGUUGCGCAUGCUUUUGUUGCAGAAGAUUGCACUGGAAAAUGGCUACACCAAGAUCAUGCUGGGAUCGUGUGCUUCUGGAAUAGCAUGUCAUGUGCUAUCUGCAACCGUGAAGGGGCAAGGUUACUCUUUACCAGCUGAUGUCCAAUAUGUUGAUACACGGUGGGAAGUACCUGUGGUUCUUCCACUCCAUGAUUGCCUGGCCCAAGAGCUUAGCUUGCUCUGUGAACUUGAUAGUUUAAAGACGCAGCAACUUCUUGAUAGGCCUUGCAGUGGCAUCAACAGCUUAGUUGCAUCGUUUGUUUCACGGCUAAGGGAGGAGAACCCUUCUCGGGAGCAUACCAUUUUAAGAACUGCACAAAAGCUUAAGCCAUUCUCUUUUAACAAGUUCUCAGCAAAUGGCUAUCAUGAUUUCCUGCCGUCACGGCUUCGUUCCAAGUUCCAGAAUGUUGAUACCAACGAGUCUACUUUCUCUGAGAUUCUCUGCCUGAUAUGUGGAAGCCCGUUCAGUGAAUCAGAACUCCAGAAUUUGGAAAGCACAAAGCACAAGGCUCAGGAGAAAAUUGAUCUUUAUACUGCUCAUUGUUGUCAAAGCUGCCAUUUCCAGAUUCUACCAGCUGGUACAAAUAUGUAUGAGCAUUUCUUUUCACUACUACCGAAGUUUUGGACUGAGAAAGUGGACACUACAUCUGCCAGCCAUAGCUCACUAAGAGAUCAAAUAGAAGAUUACCUGCUGGAAGAAGAUGAUGAUGAAAACUGAAAUUAUUGCUUGAGUGAAACCUGAGCUUAUAAGCAAAAAACUUUGAUUUCAUGAUUUAAGUUCAUGGAGUCACAAUUUUUUCUCCAUCUGGUAAUGCCCGAGUGUUGGUUUAUACUGACAUACAUGUUUACUACUGUUUUGUUUGUUGUGCCGGAAAGCCAGAAGAAAUCCCCUGGUGGGCCUCACGCAGCAUGCAUAAGCCAAACUUACGGAUAGAGUGUUUCUGUCCAGUAUGACACUGCUUUAUCCAGACUUCUGCGACAUCCUUACAGUCACCAUAGAUUAUAUUCUUGACUCAGCUCCUGGUAUUCUGUAACUCCUCAGUACUCAGUCUUCAAAUUUAUCUGGAAUCUGUAUAGUGAUGAUGCAAACCAUCACUUGCUAGCAAGUUUCCACUGAUCUUGGGCAGCAGACGUUGGACAGCUGAAGGUUUCCUACUUCUGCCAGCAAAGAUUGUAAUCAAAUGAAUUUAUCCAAUGAUUUUAGACCAAUCAUUUUCUGUAUAAAUUGUGUAUUUACUGUGGUUAUAAUCUGUUACUCCUUCGUACUUGAUUCU